UUGAAUGCCAAAUGUUGACAUAUUUAUUUGCAAUAAGAUGAUUUAAACUUUUUAUUUUUUUAUACUGCUUGAAAACAUUAAUCAUUAACGCUCUCAAAUUUUUUUACAUCUAUAAACUUUAAAAUAUUUGUCGAAGUGAGGAAAGUUUUGAAAAGCAAAAGUUUCAGUAAACGAGUUAACCAUGAUGAGCCUUCGUGACAGACAAAUAAAUGCUUUAAAACUGAUGUUAAAUUUGAAUCAACCAGAACAAAAGUUAGAAGAUGCAAUACCAGUGUGGAAAGUUUUAAUUUAUGAUAGGCUUGGACAAGAUAUUAUUUCUCCAUUAAUAUCUGUAAAAGAACUCAGAGAACUUGGUAUUACACUGCAUAUGCAGUUACAUUCUGACAGAGAUUCUAUUCCUGAGGUGCCAGCUAUUUACUUUUGUGCACCAACCGAUGAAAAUCUUGGUAGGAUCGGACAAGAUUUACAAAAUGGAUUAUACGACAUUUAUCAUUUAAAUUUCAUAUCACCAAUAACUAGACAAAAGAUGGAAGAUUUAGCAGCUGCAGCAUUGCUUGGAGGUGUAGUGUCAAAUAUUCAUAAAGUAUUUGAUCAAUAUCUAAAUUUUAUAUCGUUGGAAGAUGACUUAUUUAUCCUUAGACAUCAAAACAGCGAUGUCAUAUCAUAUCAUGCAAUUAAUCGUGGUGAAAUUAAAGAUACUGAAAUGGAAUCUGUAAUGAAAAUCAUAGUUGAUUGUCUUUUUUCUGUAUUUGUUACAUUGGGCACUGUUCCAAUUAUAAGGUGUCCAAGAGGAAAUGCAGCAGAAAUGGUUGCUAAAAUGAUUGACAAAAAGCUAAGGGAAAAUGUUUGGGAUACCAGAAAUAAUUUAUUUGAAAGUGAAGCAACUGGGCAUUAUAAUUUUCAAAGACCACUUUUAAUUAUAUUGGAUCGUAAUAUAGAUAUGGCCACAACAUUACAUCAUACAUGGACCUAUCAAGCAUUAGCACACGAUGUGUUAGAAAUGGCAUUAAAUAGGCUUGUUGUUGAAGAAAAUGUGGGAAGGUCUCCUGCAGGUGGAACACGUUCAAAGACUAGAGCUUAUGAACUGGAUAACAAAGAUAGAUUUUGGUGUCAACAUAAAGGCAGUCCAUUUCCUAGAGUAGCUGAAGCUAUACAGGAAGAAUUAGAACAGUAUCGUACUUUUGAAGAUGAUGUAAAGAAGCUUAAGUCAUCUAUGGGCAUUGAUAGUGAUAGUGAAGUAGCAUUAUCAAUGGUUUCCAAUAAUACAGCACGUUUGACAAGUGCUGUUAAUAAUUUACCGCAACUCUUGGAAAUGAAACGUUUGAUAGACAUGCAUACAUCAAUUGCAACAGGUAUUUUAAAUUCUAUUAAGUCUAGAAGACUCGACACAUUUUUUGAGUUAGAAGAAAAAAUAAUGAGUAAGCAAACAUUAGAUAGAAGUGUAUUGGAAACAAUAAGUGAUCCAGAUUGUGGUACUCCAGAAGAUAAAUUACGUCUUGCUAUUAUAUAUUAUAUUUGUACAAAUAUGUCAGAUAGUGAAUAUAGUAAACUGGAGGCAGCAUUAUCUAAUGCUGGAUGUAACUUAAGUCCUCUAGUAUACAUAAAAAGAUUAAGAAGUUACACUAGAAUAGCAGAAAUCCAAAACAAUUAUGAAGGUGGUGGAACUAAAACAGUUAGUAUGUUUUCGAAACUAAUGAAUCAAGGAUCAUCUUUUGUAAUGGAAGGAGUAAAAAAUUUAGUGGUUAAAAAACAUAAUUUGCCAGUUACUAAAAUAGUCGAUGAAUUAAUGGAAUCAAGGCAGUCUUCUCAAACAGAUGAUUAUUGUUAUUUAGAUCCGAAGCAAUUAAAACAUACAGAACAAAUGCCAAAGAACAGACCAACAUUCCAAGAUGUAAUUGUUUUUAUUGUUGGUGGUGGAAAUUAUAUAGAAUAUCAGAACUUAGUGGAUUAUGUGAAACAGAAAAGUGGGGCUGGGGUUAACAAACGAAUUACAUAUGGUUCAACAACAUUUAUUAAUGCAAAGCAGUUACUUAAACAACUUUCACUUUUGGGGGAAGAAGUUCAUUCGUAA